GGUGGCCAAUUCCAUUCGAAGAGUGUUCAUCGCAGAAGUGCCAAUCAUAGCCAUCGACUGGGUCCAGAUAGAUGCCAACUCCUCUGUGCUGCACGAUGAAUUCAUCGCGCACAGGCUGGGUCUCAUCCCGCUCACCAGUGAUGACAUUGUGGAUAAGAUGCAAUAUUCCAGAGAUUGCACGUGUGAUGAGUUCUGCCCAGAGUGCUCUGUGGAGUUCACCCUUGAUGUUCGGUGCAAUGAAGACCAGACUCGUCACGUCACAUCCCGUGAUCUCAUCUCCAACAACCCCCGCGUCAUACCGGUGACAUCUCGGAGCAGAGACAACGACCCCAACGACUACGUGGAGCAGGAUGACAUCCUCAUUGUGAAGCUGCGGAAGGGCCAGGAGCUGCGGCUGCGAGCCUACGCCAAGAAGGGCUUCGGGAAGGAGCAUGCCAAGUGGAACCCCACGGCAGGUGUGGCCUUCGAGUAUGACCCGGACAACGCCCUGAGGCACACCGUGUACCCCAAACCAGAGGAGUGGCCCAAGAGUGAGUACUCGGAGAUCGACGAGGAGGAUGCUCAGGCUCCCUACGACCCCAACGGGAAGCCGGAGAGGUUUUAUUACAACGUGGAGUCCUGUGGUUCUCUGCGCCCAGAGACCAUUGUUCUCUCUGCACUCUCCGGCCUGAAGAAGAAACUGAGCGACCUCCAGACCCAGCUGAGCCAUGAAAUUCAGAGUGAUGUCCUCACCAUAAACUGAGGGGGCUCCUUGCAAGAGAGUGCCGUGGUAUGAGUGGUACCGAAGGGCCUUGCCUCUGCCAGGCAGUGUUCUGGGCCGGGGCUUUUGCCUCCCCUUCUCCUCCUGC